AAUGGCGGAUAAAGUGAUCAAUAGUUCGUUUACGUGUGAAAUAAUAUAAAGUAAAAUCGAGUGCACAUUAGUGUAGAAAAAAAAAGGGAUGGAAACAAUUUUAGAGCAACAACGUCGCUAUCAUGAAGAACGGGAGCGUCUUAUGGACGCGAUGGUCAAAGAAAUGUUGCACAAGAAGCCGGGGCAUAGAGAAACGAUAAAUUCGGAACAUCGGUUGAAAAUGCUGUUAGACCAACACAUGGACAGCACAGCACAUCUGCAAGAUCUCUACGAGGAUAAGGACGGCCAACGAAAGGAUGAGGUCCAGGCUUUGUCGGGGCCGAACGAGUUCUCCGAAUUUUAUUCGCGACUCAAGUCCAUCAAGGAAUUCUAUCGGCGGCAUCCGAACGAGAUAAGUGUCCCAAUGUCGGUAGAGUUCGAGGAAUUGGCUAAAAUGCGAGAAAAUCCAACAGAGGAACUCGCAAAUCUUGUUGAAUUUACCGACGAAGAGGGCUACGGGAAAUACCUCGAUCUUCACGAGUGCUACGAAAAGUAUAUAAACCUGAAAGGUAUUGAAAAAGUCGAUUACAUAACCUAUCUGUCGACUUUCGAUCAUUUAUUUGACAUUCCGAGAGAGCGUAAGAACGCAGAAUACCGCAGAUACGUCGAGGCGCUUCUAGAGUACUUGACCGAAUACCUGACCAGGGUUCGUCCACUCCUUGAUCUUAAUGCUGAAAUCGAAACAGCCAAUAGAGAAUUCGUAGUACACUGGGAAAACAGCAGCUUUCCAGGAUGGCCAAAGGAGACUGGAAGUGCCUUGACCAACGUUGGGGCACAUUUAGAGCUCUCCGCCUUUUCCUCUUGGGAAGAACUUGCCUCGCUAGGUUUGGAUAGACUAAAAUCAGCCUUACUAGCGCUGGGUCUUAAGUGCGGUGGAACCUUGGAAGAGAGAGCACAGAGGUUGUUCAGCACCAAGGGACAAGCCUCUCUAGAUCCGAGUCUGCUGACCAAAAACAAACCGGGAAAACCAGGCAAAGGUAGAGACGUGGAAAAGCAGAAGGAGAUUGCAAUGCUCGAGGCCCAGGUCUAUAGGCUUGCAGAGUUGGUAUCUAGUCAACGUCUCGCUACCAAAGAAAAUGUUCAAAGAAAACAGGCGAGAACGGAGGGUGAAAGAGGUGACUCCGAUGCGGAUGCUAGUGCCAGUGAGUCGGAGGAAGAAGAUGACAAUGAAGUUCCAUAUAAUCCAAAAAACCUGCCUCUUGGUUGGGAUGGAAAGCCUAUACCAUAUUGGUUGUAUAAACUUCACGGUCUCAACAUCAGCUACAACUGCGAAAUUUGCGGCAACUUUACGUACAAGGGACCCAAAGCCUUCCAAAGGCAUUUUGCAGAGUGGAGACACGCUCACGGUAUGCGAUGCCUGGGAAUACCGAAUACAGCGCAUUUUGCCAACGUCACACAGAUCGAAGAUGCUCUUGCUCUAUGGGAGAAACUCAAGGCGCAAAAACAGUCGGAACGUUGGCAGCCGGAACAAGAAGAAGAGUUUGAAGACUCUCUAGGCAAUGUUGUGAAUCGCAAAACUUACGAGGAUUUAAAACGCCAGGGUCUACUCUGAAUUUCAACACAAAGUAAUAAUUUUGACAGCAAGUUUCUAACAGGCUUCAUCUGUUUCAUUCCAUAUCCUUGCAUGCAUGAUUCUGUUAUAAUAAUCAUACCCAUGUUUGGACGUGAAGCUAAACAAGCGAUGUGUUUCUAGACUUACUAUUUUUAUAAAUACUAUCGUGUAUUUAAAUAUAUUAUCCUCAAAUGAAAGAGGUAUAAUAUAGAAUAAAUAUUAUGCUGUAACAAAUUCAACUACAUAUUGACUAAUUCUCAAAUUGAUCUUGUGACCAUAUUUGUAAGAGAAGAUGAACUAUAAAGGGCCUUAUAAAAAUGUCUUUAUAAAU